CCACUUUCUCUCUCUCUCUCUCUCCCCCCUUUAAAAAAACAACUGGUGAUCGAUCGGCGGCUGCUGCUGCUGUGAUCGGCGAUCGGACAGGUCCUGUUGCUUACCCACCCCUCCACCACCCCUCCCAAACCCUUUCCCCUCGACCCCCGCCUCUUGUUGGAUGCUUUUACAGAUAGCCGGAGCAGAUCUUCGCUGGAAUUUGGAUCGGCGGCUUUUUCUUUUCUCUCUGGUGGAGCUUUUUUUUUUGCCUCUAUCGCAGACAUAAACCAACGGAGAGGAGUUAGUGGAGCGCCGCGACCACGGACUUCAGAUGUGUUCUAAGCCUGGUGGGGUGAUCACUUUUCAGUGUACAGAUGGAUACGCGAACUCAAAAUGGCAGUGGUUCUCCAGCCCUGCUACAGUUGCUGCGUGACAGUGGAAGGCAACACGUGGAACCUGACCCCAGGGAUGUACAGCCACAGCAGGUUCAAGUGUUGUCGCUCGAUCAGAUCCGAAUUAUAAGAGCCACUAAUGAGUACACAGAGGGACCUACUGUUGCUCCAAGGCCUGGGAGCAAGUCUGUGCACCGACCACCCUCUCAGCACAAAAAUGAGAGAAUGUCUGGAUUAAAUAAUGACCAAGAGCACCAGCGGUUUAACAACCGCAGUCAGCAUCAUCACAUGCAUUCUUCAUCGAGGGCACCUUUAACUCGGUCAACUAGCACUGUGAGUAGUGGUUCUCGGAAUAGCACAAGGACAAGUACAAGCAGUACAUCUUCUGACCAGAGACUUCUAGGACCUCCGUCCUCUCCGGACCAUGUUUCUGAUCAGAUCGUCAGGGUACAGCCCAAAUCGGAAUUUAAAUCUGAUGAACUGAAACCUCUGGGGAAAGAAGAAUUGGGCAAACACAUCUACCGAUGUGAAGACUGCGGGAAGUGUAAGUGUGAGGAAUGCACUUAUCCGAGAACUCUACCUUCCUAUUGGCUCUGCGACAAGCGGUGCCUCUGCUCUGCGCAGAAUGCAGUGGAGUAUGGGACUUGUGUCUGCUUUGUGAAGGGCGUCUUUUACCACUGCUCAAACUAUGAUGACGAAGACCGCUGCGCAGAUAAUCCGUGCUCCUGCACCCAGUCGCAUUGCUGUGUCCGGUGGUCAGCCAUGGGCCUUAUGUCCCUCUUUAUGCCCUGCCUGUGGUGUUACCUACCUGCCAAGGGCUGCCUUAAGUUGUGCCAGGGGUGCUACGAUAGGAUUAACCGUCCUGGUUGCCGUUGCAAAAACUCAAAUACAGUUUGCUGCAAGGUUCCUAGUUUACCUCCUAGGAACCUUGAAAAGCCUUCCUAGCUGAUAAGGAAAGAUAAUAUUAUUUUCAGUGUUAGUUCUCAAUGCUUUUAUUCUGUACAUUUGUAAUAUGGGAGAAGAAAUGCAUUUACAGUACUGGCACUGAGCACAAUGCUGGAUACUUUUUAUCUGACUGCCUUAAGAGACAUAAACUACACAAUCUACAGCCAUUAAGAUGGUCUUUCUUUAAAAAAAAACAGGAAAAGGGUAUCUCCCAUUGUGCUUGGGCUUGUCUUCUAGUUGACCAGCAUGGCAUACUCAUCUAUUUGUGUGUAAUAGUGCCACUGCAACUCCCUGGAGUUUGGCAGAACUGUUGACCCUUUUUUUUUUUCUCCAUCUUUCAACUGACACACAAGAGGUUAGAAAUCAUCCAAUCAGUGAGUUCACACAGGAUGCUCAAUAACCAUUGUUUUUGAAACAGCAUAAGCUAGACCUACAGGUAACACAUUGACACUUCCUGGUCUUUCUGUAUUGUAUGUGAAUACUUCUUGCAGAAUAUGUAAAUUAGCAAAUUGCUCAUUUUUUUGCUGCCAGAGUUAAUUUGUUAUAUUUUUGUAUAUACAAUAAUAUUAAGACUGUGAAAAUUGUGCCAUAUAAAUGGCAGAUUUACAGAUAUUAUACUAAUAUGUUGUACAUUCAGACAAAUGUGAAUCAGUCAAUCAAUAUGUUUAGACUAUAUUCCACCUUACAAAGUUCACCAUUAUGUCACUCUUGGUAUUCCCUGACAUCAUGUAUAUUGUACAGUUACCAUAAAUUCAGUCUUUAUUUUCUAAUUUUUCAACAUAUUGUUUAGUGUAAAGAAUAUUUAUUUGAAGUUUUAUUAUUUUAUAAAAUAUUUAUUUUAAAAGGCAUCUUACAAAUUCACCCUUUUUAAAAAAAAAUAAAUGGGAACAUCAUAGUUACUGAAAAUGAGGGUGAUACAAAUCAGAUGCAUAUGUUCACUAUAAAAUAGAAAAUAUAUUAACGUUUUGAAAUCAA